UAUACUAAAGCUGAGAUGAAGGCUGAGGUUGACAGUGAAGCUGAAUUUAAUUUGCAUUUCUGGGCGCUACUGUAGUUGUUGUUGUAAUAAUAGUAGUGAGUUGUUGUCACUACCAACACUGCACAACCGGAGGGACGUGGCUGGCUUUUGAGCUAUUCUUUCUACACUUAUCACAUAAUGAGAACAUUCUCAAGGAAAGCGCAGUAAUUCAAAGACAUGCUUUUGUUUGGAAGCAUAGCCAAGCUGCACGUUGCAGCUCUUCGGGUUGCCUGCGCCGCUGUCAAAACGAGUACAAGCCGGAUUAAGAUACUUUCUCGGGUAAAAUGCUCGAGACAGCUCAUUCUCUGGGGACCCUACAAAGCAGUCUUGUACAGUACACAGGCGCUCUCUAAUGAUAUCAUGGUGGAAUACAGACAUGGCCUCCCAGUCAUUUCUCUGCCGCUCCCCUCAUGGAGAGAAAGGUGUCAGUUCUCGAUCAAGCCAAUGCUCAUGACUGUAGGAGACUUUCUUCAGUACAUCAGGAACGAGGACAAAGGGAUUGACCGUGCAAUCAUAUUGAACACAGAUGGUGUACAAAUAUCGGUCACUACAACCAUGGACACUUUGCUGAUGAACAACUUUCAGCUGCUUAUCAAUGACAUGACCUAUAAUGUGCAUCCUCCAGUUGGAGAGAAGGUGAGCAGCAAGGAGCAUGUCACCCAAAUGGAAGAUGUGAAGACCAUUGUCCACAGGCUGCAUGUAGCUCUGCACCUGCCCACUCACCAGCUGUUCAAGGAGAGGGAGCUCCUGGAUAAGCUGGCUGAUAUAAAACAGCAGCUGCACCCUUUAGAAGAGGUGAAAGGUCAGUUAAUUCGUAAAGCUGAGGCAAGGAUGACGAGACUGCUGUGGGCUGGAUUGGCUAUUCUGUCUGUUCAGGGAGGAGCCCUUUCCUGGCUCACCUGGUGGGUUUACUUCUGGGAUCUCAUGGAACCUGUCACCUACUUCAUCACAUAUGGGAGUGCCAUUGGCUUUUACUCCUACUUCGUCCUCACAAAACAGGACUAUGUUUACCCAGACUUUAAAGACCGACAGUUCUUGCAUUACUUCUACCGAGGAGCCAAGAGACAGCGUUUUGAUGUCGAGAAGUACAACAAGCUGCGGGAGGAGUUGGCUGUGGUUGAACAAGAUCUGAAACGCCUUCGGGAACCACUCUAGUUACAACUUCUGAUUGAGCAAAUUGAAGGGAAAGAGUGACGUGGUUUUGUGAUAUUGUUAUAUAGGGUUAUAUUGCUUCAGUAAAAUAUGUACUGAAUGCCUAGGGUUGUACAAGACAUUGUAAGAGAAGUGCUAUGUUAGUAUAAAUAUGAACCUCUAAUUAUCUUUGAAAACUGAGAACUGUGUUCCCCUCCCCCUCCAGCUUGUGUUAUCCAGAGGCAGAACUUUUAAUUUCUUCAUUCGUAUUGACAGCAAAGCAUUGUAUGGUGUAAAGAAAUGUCUCAAGUCCUCUGCCGUUUUGAUGUUUUUGUUAGAUGUCCGUACACCAAAAAAAAAGUUGAAUGCAAACUGUGCAAGUGAUUUAGCAAAUUACUUUAAUUCCCCACAUUAACUAUCCAGCAGUUCACAUUGUUUUGUUUUUUUACACAGUAGUUUAAAAACAGGCUAUAAAAUUCAGCCAUAAUGAUCCCUGAAUAAAGGUUUCAUGAAAAAUAUUAAUUAAAAUCAGAAUGGAAUAAACCUGUGACCUGUAUAGUGGAAAAACGCAUAGAUAACACACUACCCAACAGCAGUAAGGCAGAGGGAGUUUGGUCAAGUGAUUUAAUUAAUUGAUUAAUUUCUAUGGCGACUCUCGGAGGACAUCGAAAUGAUACUGUGUAUAAAAUGUUUGUCAUAAGACUGUUAUCCAAGUUUGAAAUUUGAUAAUUUCUUGUGAUCUUAACAGUACAUUUUAAAUAAAAUUUCUCCUGUCCUUAAA